GGCCCCUGCAGAGCUUACUUGAGCCCCUGGGAGCUUCGUCCACACAGGAGUGCAACCUCGACCAACAGCAGAUAUGAUGGUGAUGAAAGUCGAAGAGCUGGUGACUGGGAAGAAAACUGAUGAUAAAGAGACUGGCAGUUUCCUCCCUGAGGACUUCAAAAAUGGAGAGUAUGAAGCUGCUGUAAGAUUAGAGAAGCAGGAGGAUCUAAAGACAGUCUCUGAACCCUUACUGACCCGAGGAGAUCUGGCCUAUAUAAAAGAGAAAAAGCUAGAGGCAGAGCUCAAGAAGAAGAAGUUACAGGAGAGGCCAAAACUUGAAAGCUUAGAGGAUCUUGAAAAAAUUAUUCAGCUAAAGAAAAAGAAAAAAUGCAAGAAAGUAAAAGCACCCGUUUCAAAGGAACCUGAACCAGAAGUUUUUACAGGACCAGUGGAUAUACCCACGUUCUUCAGGGCUGCAUUGGAGAACAAGUUGCCAGUAAUUGAAAAAUACUUGUCAGAUAAAGGGGAUCCAGACGUCUGUGAUGAGUACAAGCGCACUGCAUUGCACAGGGCAUGCUCUGAAGGACAUCUAGAGGUGGUAAAAAUGUUAGUGGAAGCCGGAGCCCAGCUUGAACUGCAAGAUAUGCUUGAAUCUACAGCCCUGCACUGGGCAUGCCGGGGAGGGAACCUGGAUGUCCUGAAAUUCUUACUGGACAAAGGAAUAAACAGAAAUGCCAGAGACAAGCUGCUCAGCACCCCCUUGCACGUGGCUGUGAGAACGGGUCAGUACGACUGCGGGGAGCACCUCAUCGCCUGCGAAGCGGACCUCAAUGCCAGAGACAGAGAAGGAGACACACCGAUGCACGACGCCGUGAGACUGAACCGCUACAAAAUGAUCAGACUUCUGAUUCUUUAUGGAGCGGACCUAACCGUGAAGAACUGCGAAGGGAAAACCCCUAUGGAUCUUGUGCUUCAGUGGCAGAAUGGCACCAAAGAGAUAUUCAACAACCUGAAAGACAACUGCUACAAAAGCAUCCACCCAAACUAGUCUUGAAGAGAGAAGACUGCUUUUUGCUGCUUUUAAACACUUCUUACCAACCCGGAGGCAAAUGCUCCCAAACAUAAUAUUUUUACUGAAGAUAUUUAUGGUACUAGACUAUCUGAGAUGCUUUCCUGAAAAAUAGCAAAACAAAGAUGCACAGAAAUUAUUUCAAAAGACAGGUUGAGUGUUAAAAUUCCACUGGAUUUAAAAUGGCUUUAUUUAUUCCUAUUUAUUAUUUAUUUAUUUAAAAAAUUAAUCAUUUUUAAUGAUCCAAUUAUUGCUGCCUUUUUACAGUUUUAACUAAUACAGUCUUUGUCAGCAAAAUGAAUCCUUUUAUCUUAGAUGGUAUUAUUUCCAACUCCAUUAGCAGCUUCCCUCCAGCCUCCAAUAGCUCUAAAUAGCCUAUACCUGUAACUGUUGCCUUAUCUCUGCUGAAUACUCACUAUUAGAAUAAUGUGUUAAAUGAGUGGCAAAGGUGGACAAGAUCAGAUAGCAAUGAAAGAAGGUCUACUACGAUGCAAGUGGAUUUAAAGGAGUCGUUGAGUAAUGGGGUUUGCAGAUGGUUUGCCAACCUUGAUGAUAAAGUCCUUACAUUAAGUAUGGGCUAUCGGAUUCGAAUGCAAUGUUAUGAAGGUGAGAGGAGAUGGUAUCAGGAGGUGAAUCGCAAAGCUGGACUAUUACAAAGCCUGAUAAUUGAAGAAUGCAAAAACAGAUGAUGUAUAUUUGUAAAUUUGUACUGCUUUUUUUCUGUACAUUUUGUACUAUCUAUUUCAGAUUAAAUAAACAGAGUGGUUCUUUGUA